GAAUUGCGUCCAUUUAAGAACAAAGUGGGCGGUCAUACUGCCAUUUUCAGCUUUUCCAAAAGAGCAGUCUGCAAAGCUUUGGUCAAUCGUGAAAACUUGUUCUACGAGACGAUCGAGUUGCGACACCCAGAGUUGUUGAACUUCAUGCCGAAAUACAUUGGCGUCUUGAAUCGGUUUAUUUUGUUGGAAGAUCUCACGACUAACAUGAAAACGCCAUGUGUUCUUGAUUUGAAGAUGGGUACGCGCCAGUACGGGAUCGAGGCAGGUCGCUCCAAGCAGAAAUCACAGCGAAGCAAAUGUAUGUAUACUACUUCACGGCGUCUUGGAGUGAGAAUCUGUGGAUUGCAACUUUCCAAGAAGCCAGACAGCUCUAGCAGUAACGAAGCACACCUACAGAGUACAUAUUUUUCAAAGGACAAGUACUUUGGCAGAAGGAUCAAGAUUGGCGCCCAGUUCUGUAAGAUUUUGGCCAAAUUCUUGUACAACGGCCAAGACAGUUAUUCGAUCUUAGUCAAGAUCCCUGGGCUUAUCACUCAGUUUAACGAGUUGUACGGGAUUUUCCACAACUUGGUGGGCUACAGAAUGUACGGUUCUUCCAUCUUGUUGAUGUACGACAGUGACGAGACUGGCGAUCAGGAUGUCAAGGUGAGAAUCAUAGACUUCGCUCAAUCGGUAAUCUCCGAAGAAGAUUACAAAGAUGCGGCUAUUCCUCCAUCGCAUCCGAAUUUGGCGGAUUUGGGCUAUUUGCGAGGUAUCCAGUCUUUGAUUGCAUACUUCAAGCUUGUUUUCCGUAUUGUCAGUGGAUUCGAGUAUGUAGAUGCUGCUGGAGCGUUAGAGGUGUUGAAAAAGAACAAGUCCAGCUACAUGAAUCGAAACAGAUGGUUGGACUACUUUGCUGAAGUGGCCAACGCUAAAGACGGUGGUAUCAACGAAGUGCUAGAAGAGGGUGACCCAUUCAACGUAGUCUACCCUGAGUACGACGACGACGAUGGCAUUUCAGAGUAG